UUAUUUUUAUCCAAACCGGAUGUUGCAGCAAAUUGGCUUCAUGUCCAGGGUUUCACAGCUUGAUGGAUGAAGUCCGUACUGACAACUAAUUCGGUAAAAAGGAGCAAGUUGAUGCUGUGAUUGCUCAAACUUGUAGCCUGUAGGUGUAGUGGUUUGCGGGUCUAUACUUCAUAGUUGCAUUUCUUCUUUCAGUCAUUUUCUCAAACAUCUUAUGCACGAAGACGCCUCUUUCAUUUUGUCAUCCUUGUGAAAAUUGGAACUUGGUUCAUUUCGAAAACCAUGUGGAAAUGCAGAAGAAGAUUCACUGCAUCGUCCUCCUUCCUUUGGUCCUACGGCAGUUUGAGUACUCAGUUACCAAAACAUAUAGUUGUUGCUAAGCCAAUUGAUUUACUUCAUCAGCGUUCUAUUCGAUUCGCACAAAGUCCUCAAUUUUUAAGAAAUCCCUUGAGUUUUAAUUCCUGUAUUUUCCCACUCUUUUCCUCCUCUGUUAGCUGGUCGUCCAGCACAAAAUUCCCAGACUCCCAUUCUCGACAUGGUGCUGAAGACGAUGAUAAUGAUAGCAUUGGAAAUGAGGACGAAGAUCUUUACAAUAAUGAAGAAAUGGAUGGUAGCAAAUGUCAAAAAUCCACUUUAACUGAUUUACGGGAUGUAGAAACCUUAAUGACUAUUCUGGAAGAAUCGAAAACAAGCAGGUCUGUGAUGAAGAACAAACUCGAGCAUUGUGGAGUUACAGUUACAUCUGAGUUGGUGGUGGAGGUGCUGUCUCGGGUGAGGAAUGAUUGGGAAGCAGCAUUUACUUUCUUCUUGUGGGCCAGCAAGCAGCCGGGCUAUGCACAUUCCUUGAGAGAAUACCAUUCAAUGAUAUCUAUACUCGGGAAAAUGAGGAAGUUUGAUACUGCAUGGGGUUUGAUUGAUGAAAUGAGAGUGAGAGGUGGAAGCACAGGUACUCCACUUGUGACUCCUCAGACUCUUUUGAUUAUGAUCAGGAAAUACUGUGCUGUUCAUGAUGUGGCUAAGGCAAUUAAUACUUUUUAUGCAUACAAACGGUUUAAAUUUGAAAUCACAAUUGAAGAUUUCCAGGAUCUUUUAUCCGCCCUUUGUCGUUACAAGAAUGUGAAAGAUGCUGAGUAUUUGCUUUUCUGUAACAAAAGUGUGUUUCCUUUGAAUACUAAGAGCUUUAACAUUAUCCUCAAUGGGUGGUGUAAUGUUGUUGGUGAUUUACGAGAAGGAAUGAGAAUUUGGAGGGAGAUGAAAGCUAGAGGGAUUCCCAGAGAUGUUUUUUCAUAUUCUAGUAUGAUGUCUUGCUAUUCAAAAUUUGGUAACCUUAAAUCUCUGCUCAAACUUUUUGACCAAAUGAAAGGAUUGGACAUUGCACCUGACCGGAAAGUAUAUAAUGCUGUGAUACAUGCUCUUGCUAAAGGCAAGCAUGUAAAGGAAGCUCGGAAUCUCAUGAAAACAAUGCAGGAGAAUGGGAUUUCAGCAAAUGCUGCUACAUAUAACUCACUGAUCAUGCCUCUCUGUAGAACCCGUCAAAUAGAUGCAGCUCGAGAGAUCUUUAACGAAAUGACAGAGAAGGGCAUGCCCCCUACUGUUCGGACUUAUCAUGCUUUCUUUCGGAUUUUGAUGACAGGGGAAGAGGUGUUUGCGCUCUUGCAAAGCAUGAAUGUGACAGGUUGCCAACCAGGCCAUGACACAUAUAUAAUGUUAAUUAGAAAGUUUUGUCGCUGGCGCCAGCUUGAUAAUGUUUUCAAACUGUGGACUGAAAUGAGAAAUAAUGGACUUGAUCAUGAUCGGAGCUCUUACAUUGUGCUGAUAAAUGGACUAUUUUUGAAUGGAAAGCUUGAGGAGUCAUACCAAUAUUAUCUAGAGAUGAAAAAGAAACAUUUAUUACCAGAACCUAAGAUUGAAGAAAUGCUUCAGGCUUGGCUAGCAGGCAAGCAAAAUGAUGGGAGGCAAAUUACACACUUGAAAGACAGUCAAGAAGUCCCUACUAAGCUAGAGAAUAAAGCCAGACAUAAACCGAAAAAACUUGAUGGCAAAAGAGAUUUCUUCCAUCAACCUGAAGGGAAAAUGACCACGAGAGAACAUGGUUUCUCAUUUUGGAAGGAUUAAGUGAAUUUGGAUAUUAUGCAUUAUGCCAUCAAUUCUUGGCUCUGCUUGAUCAUUUGGCUAUUAUCAAAUUCAAAUACUGCCACAAAAUCUAAAGAUACCGUUGCUUUUGGUGAGGAUAUAGACUUAUUAGUCCUAGAACUCGCAUGCAACCAUUUAUGCAAGACUUGAAGUACAAGCUGCAUAGGACUAUCUGGAGUUUACAAGACAAAUAAGGCCAUGGUUGUUGUUUGGCUAUUCAGUGGAAAAUAGGCAUCACAUAAAGGUCAACCUGCUGGAGGGUCAUCUAUGAUUCCUGAAUAAAUCAAGAAUCAUCUUUUGGUCUGCUAACCUUUAUCUCAGCAGAGCCUAUGGGGGUUAAUUUGUGCAAUCUCAACCAUACAUUUUGCUGAAGUGUGUACUCAUUCAGAGCACCAUCUCUAGAACUGGACGCUGUGGUUUCCUUUGUGGUUGAUCAUUUAUGAACUACUAUGACACCUGGCUAAAUGAAUCUCAGUCUCUGCUCUGUACUCCACAGCCAAGACCUUAGAGAACACCUUCCAUUCCCAGUCCAGGUGUAAAACAAUGCUUUUGAGGGAUGUUUUGCUACUGGACAUGUUUAGCUUGCAGACUGACUAUGAUCUUGAAGCCAAGCCUUCACCAGUGCAUGAGAUGGUUUUUCUUGCAAGUUCUCUGUGGUAACGUUGGUAAUGCAGCUCAAUUUAGUAUACAACUCAGUGGAUCUGUGGGAUCAAUAAUCCAUUUAGGUGUCCUCAGGUGGCAUGCAUUUUCAGUUCCUUGAAAGUGGUGAAUGUCAUACAUGAUAAUAGGUCAUGGUGCAUGAGUUUGCUGAAUUUGUACUGAAUCUUUUCUUACCCACAGAUGCAGUACAAAAAGUUGUAGCUAUUCAUUUACUUUCAUUUGCAGUAUCCCUGAUGGACUUGAUGGAAGAUUGACGCUCGUUGUAAGUAUUCUGUCAAUCCUGGAUAUCACAUUGCAGAGGACUGCUUACUGUCUUCUAGUCAAUGCCAACAUCUCAAGUCCUUCCAUCUGUGGGUAAAUUUAUCUUGUCACUACCUAUUCCCCUCUGGUUCAAAUGCUAAAUUUGGUAUUUUUUGGUCCAGGUUGCCAGAUUAGUGGUAAUUUGUUUGAUAGGUGCAUUCUUAUUAAUUGUUCCUGUUUGUUACUAAUUAAAUGUAGCUGUUGAAACUGAUUUUCA